UCAAAAUUGAAAACUAUUAUUUAUAUAAAAAAAUGAAUAUUUUAAAAAAAUGGGGUUUAAUUUAGCGCAGAUUUGUUGUGAUCCACCAUCUAGUUCGUCAAGCACAACCAAAAUUUUUUGUAUCGAAAAUUUCAAUAAAUGCAGUCCUUGUCGUGUUCCUUGCUGUUGUAGAGACUCAACCCUGAAUGAUCAUACCUAUUCCAUACUUAAGAGAAUCUGCCAUAAGAUUAUCAAAAGUUAUAACCGACAGCAAUGCCGUGAAAAGUAUACAGUUUUCGAUGGCGGCAAUAGCAUAGGUCCACGAUGGUCCGACAGGCAAUCUAGAGAUGAUGGAAAUGAGUUCAGUUAUUCUUAUAAACAACGCGGAAGAGAUUAUAAUAAGGAUCCUUCGGAGAGGGAUGAACGCAUUGAUUUGAAAGCUAAUGCAAGGAAUCGUCAUAAAAAUAAAGGUUAUGCAGGGGAUGAAGGAGACUCAUUUGAAAACGGAUACAGAAACAAAAAUGAUCAGAACGAUAAGAAUAAGGGCAAAACCUCCGGAAAGUCACAAAAGGACAGCGAUAACGAUCAGGAUAAGAAUGCGAGAAGGGGAUCAGGGAAAUUAAAAAAAGUCAAAAAUCGCACAGAAGAUGGUAAAGAUACCUCAAAAAUGGGAAAAGAAGGAGAGGAAGGCCGGCGAUCGAGAAAGUCUCGGAGUAAGAAAAAUGCCGCUGAUACCGAAUUACCAGAAAAGUCGAAAAAGAAGGGCGACAGGAAAGACGAGUUAAAUACUGACGAUUCGCGAAAAUCGGAAAAGGGAAAGGGAAAAGGACGUAAAUCGAAAAAUCGAGGGGAUGAAAAAAAUGCAGGAGACUCGGAAACAGCUGAAGAAAAGGAAGGCAAAUCGAAAGCUCGCAACGAUAAAAAGACAGCUGGAUCUCCGGAUGCAUCUGGGGAUAAGCAACGUAAGUCGAAAGUUCGAAGUGAUAAGAAAAAUGCUGAAGCGUCGGAUGCAACUGCGGAUAAGGAUCUGAAUGAUAAAAAGCGCUCUGAAAAGAAAAACGCAGCAGAUUCGGAGGCAACUGGCGAAAAUGAUGGCAAAUCGAAAGCUCGCAGCGUUAAAAAAUUAGCUGGAUCUCCGGAAGCAUCUGGGGAUAAGGAUCCUAAUAGUAAAAGCCGCACUGAUAAGAAAAUUACGGGUAGUGCAGAAGAAACGAAACCCAAUGAUAAAAAUACCGAAGAAAGUGCGGAAGCUAUAAAGGAAAAGGAACGUUACGAGAAAAAUAGACUUGAUAAGAAAGUUGUUGGAGGUGCGGAAACAAUCAGUGCAAAGGAACGAUUUGAAAAAAAUUUAAAUGAUAAGAAAAUUGCCGCAUCGUCAAAAGAUCCUGGGGAAAAGGAAAGCCGCGAUGAUAAGAAAACUACGAAAGGUUCGGAGGAUAGCGCGGAAAAGGGGAAACAAGCAAAAACUGGUGGAGGGGAGGACAAAAAAGGUGAGAUUAAUCUAGGUGCCAGGGAAAAAAUCGAAGAAAAAGGAUCGAAAACUGAUAAAAAGGGUAACGAUUUAAAAGUUGGCUCCCAUGACGACAAGAAAGCUCAGUUAUCUAAGGAUAUGAAGAAUUCCAGGCCUGACAGAGAGAUGGGCUCUAAUCUUGUUGAGAAUAAAAAAACUAAUGUCAAAAGCCAAUGGGAAGAUGACCAGGAUCAAGAAAAUGAUAGGAAGUACAGGAAAGGUGGAAAGGGUAAAGGGGGAGACGAUGUUUCCCAUCUAGUAACACUAUCGGGUCGAAAGGGAAGACGUGGAGAAGCGUCUGUUUUAGGUGGCACCAAAAAACGUCGUGGAAGUCAAUCAAUAUUUAGACGACAUUCAUCCAGGAUACGCAAUGGUAUCAAAGGGUCGAAGUUCAUUCAUGACGAUAGGCGGUCAAUAUAUAUUCAGAGACCUUCUCGUGGCGAUGAAAUUCGGACCUGUGAUAUCCUACGUGUUCAUUUAGAGCAGCGCGAUCUUAUAAGAUGUAGCCCCCCAUGCCGGCCAUAUCCAUGCAAUGCCUGCGGACCCUGUAUGCCGUGUUCACGUAUUUGUUGUUGAGCAUCUUGCAAAACUUUUACAACAUUUAUGUUGUAAAUUGCUGAUAUACAUUAAUACUUCAAUAUUUCAGGUGCUCAAUUAUUAUUGGCUACGUGCUCAAUUUAAAAAUUGAAAACCUUUUUAAAUGCAUUUGAUUAACAUUGUAUAUCAUCUAAACUGCUCGAGCUCCUCUUCAUAUAUCGUUAUAAACAGUUGCACUAUUCACAAUGCAAUGGAAAAGGCAUUAAAAACAAUGAUUAUAAGACUGAGCAUU